UAUAAACAGCAUCUCGCAGAAAAGUUUCACCGUUCAUACACUCACAGGUGGUAUACACUUAAUACCUAACAAAACCUUAAACGAAAGUAAUAACGGGUUAUAGUGAACAAGUCCGCGUGCAUUGGAUCUUUAUACAGAAUAGUGACUGCUUGUUACUUUUUUAGUUAAAAAGGUGUAAAACAACAGGAUGAUCUCGCAGCUAUUCGCGAAGUGAUAACGCAAACAAUCAAAUUAAACAAAAGAAAGUGUUAAAUUCCUAAUAGCCAAAAUGCAUAUCGAAAUAUUUGCGCUUGUCUUCACGAUCUUCGUUUUAAUUUACACAUAUUUUAAACGCGCUCAUAAUUAUUGGAAAUCGAGAGGUGUUGCGGGGCCACCACCGUUCUUCCCUUUCGGUACCAUGAGAUCUGUGAUAUUACGUCAGCAAAAUUUGGGUGAUAAAGUCAAAGAAAUAUACAACGAAUAUAAGUCAAAAGGUCAUCGCUUUGUGGGAGUAUAUUUUUUUAGUCGAAAAGUGUUUGUAGCUCUGGAUCCAAGUCUUGUUAAAAACAUCCUUAUAAAAGAUUUCAACCAUUUCGACGAUCGCGGAAUAUACUACGACGAAAUAAACGACCCCUUAAGUGCCCAUUUAUUCUCCCUGAGUGGGCCCAAGUGGAGAAAUUUACGUGCCAAAUUGACUCCAACGUUUACCUCCGGGAAACUUAAGUACAUGUUCCAGACCUUUGUGAACUGCAGCGCUCAAAUGACAAGUCUCCUCGAAAGCAAGGCCCUGAAAGGUGAGGAAGUUGAAAUUAAAGAUAUUUUAGCCCGUUUCACGACUGAUGUCAUUGGGUCCACCGCAUUCGGUCUUGAAUGUAACACGAUGAAAAAUCCGAACACUCAGUUCCGAGAAAUGGGAAAAAGAGCGUUCACCCAAACGGCUGGAGACGCUUUUAGAGUCACCGUCAUCAGGAGUUUCUCUUGGCUCGCAAAACUAUUAAAACUCGGCAUAUUCCCCUCAAAUGUGACCAAAUUCUUUAAGGAAGUUGUAGAAGAAACUGUCACUUAUCGUGAAAAAAAUAAUAUAACGAGAAAGGAUUUCUUACAACUGUUGAUUCAGUUGAAAAACAACGGCAAAGUCGAUGAUGACGAGAAGCUACAGGCUGAGAUCAAACCAGCCCCGGGCACUUCGUUGACCAUGAAUGAAGCGGCAGCCCAAGCAUUCAUUUUUUUCUUGGCCGGUUUCGAAACCACAGCUACCACGAUGAGCUUUGCAUUAUUCGAAAUGGCACAGAAUCGAGAUAUUCAAUAUCAAGCCAGGGAAGAAGUCAAAAAAGUCAUGAAUGAUUUCGGAAAUGUAUUAACUUACGAUGCGUUAAUGGAGAUGCAUUAUUUGGAUAAGAUCGUUGCAGAAACGUUACGAAAACAUCCGCCAGCUCCGGUUUAUCUGAGGAAAUGUACAAAGGACUACCAAGUCCCAGAGACUGAUGUAAUUAUAGAGGAAGGAUUAUCGGUAUUAAUACCAGCUUUAGCGCUUCAAAGAGACCCUGAUUACUUCCCUGAUCCUGACGUAUUUGAUCCCAACAGAUUUGACGACGAGAGAAAGUCGAGCAUAAAGGACUCCACUUACAUUCCAUUUGGAGAUGGUCCCCGAAUUUGCAUAGGUCUACGAUUUGCCAUGAUCCAAGUUAAAGUUGGACUGUCAAUGAUUUUAAAGAAUUUCAAUUUCACUUUAAGUCCUAAAACGCCUCUUCCAUUAGUGAUGGAGACACAAGGAAUAAUCACUACACCACAGAGUGGUAUUUGGUUGAAUUUAACAACAGUAAAUUAAUAUUGUAGAUGCACUUUAUAAAUAUUUUAAUGGA